CAUCAUCAUCUGGCCGCCGUCGCCGCCGCUCGUUCGUUCAGUUUCGGUACUGCUCGGCGUCACCUCAGUCGGACCGGUACGGCCGUCAUCGUGAUCGUGUUGCAAGUGUCAAAUUCAUAUUAUUGUUAUAAUUAUUAUUAAUAAUUUUAACUCCCGACGGUUUUUUUCGCACCGAUCGUGUUGGUUGCCGGUUUUCUCCAUUUUUUUUUACAGUGAAAAUAAUAGGAAUGUGUUAAAAGUUACAGCAGGUAAUGUUAAUAACAAUGCCAUAAAAUAACAUGAUAUGCCGCGACACCGUGAGGAGGUACCCCACACCUGUGCCAUGUCAAUAAUAUUGAUAACGGAUUGAUAAAGAAGAGAGUCUAUCGGAACGUCAAAAUAUUUUUAUGACCGUUUUAUUGCCGUGCGGAGUGUCGCGUUGUUGCCGAGUAAAAUAAAAAUCACCGAUUGACCGUCCUGGAUCCCUGAACCUGUACAGUCGACCCGUCUGCACAUCAGCUACCACGGUCAUCGCCCAACGACGCUUUGCGCACCAGAUGAACUUUGAGGACACCCACCACCCCUCAAAUUGAGGCACGUGUCUCAAGAAAGUCCUUCGACACUCCACUGAGGUAAACAUCAGUAACAAUGUCACAUCACAGUGAUGACAAUAUGUUAAUAGCAAGCAGUGAUUCGUUUUGGGAACCUGGCAAUCACAAACGCACCACUAAACGUAUCGAAGAUGGCUAUAGAUUAUGUAAUGAUCUUAUUACUCUCAUACAAGAACGAUCAGAUAUUGAAAAAGCAUAUUCCAAGAGCUUAAAAGGAUGGUCCAAGAAAUGGAAUGAAAUUAUUGAAAAAGGUCCAGAAUAUGGAACGACAGAAGCAGCUUGGAAGGGUGUACUAGUUGAAGCGGAUAGACUAUGUGAUUUGCACAUAAGAGUGAAAGAUGACUUGUGUAACGAUAUAAUGCAACAAGUGAAGACGUGGCAAAAAGACAAUUAUCAUAAGACUGUUUUACACAUAAAAGAACGAAAAGAAAUGGAAGAAUCAUUUAAAAAAGCUCAAAAACCUUGGUGUAAACUAUUGACUAAGGUUAACAAAACAAAAAAUGAGUACCAUAUUGCAUGUAAGGCAGAGAAAUCAGCAUCAAAUCAAGAACGAAAUGCAUCUGCUGACAGUUCCUUAUCUAUGGAUCAAGUUAAAAAAAUGCAAGAUCGCGUAGCCAAAUCGAAAGAAGAAGUUCAGAAAGCCAAAGAAAAGUAUGAAAUGGCUCUACAAGAACUAAAUGCAUACAAUCCAAAAUACAUGGAAGAUAUGACAGUUGUAUUUGACCGAUGCCAAGAAACGGAAGCUAGAAGAUUACAGUUUUUUAAAGACACUCUGUUUACAAUACAUAAGUGUUUAAAUAUUUCUCAAGAUCCUGUAUUGCCUCAAAUUUAUGAAGAGUUUUAUCAUACUAUCAAUAAUGCCGAUCAUGAGAAAGAUUUACGGUGGUGGUCAAAUAAUCACGGUGUCAAUAUGGCCAUGAACUGGCCCUUAUUUGAGGAUUAUAUAGAAGAAUUCCGGGAUAUAUCCAAGGGAAAAACCAAAGAAUCUAUACCUGCUGGAACAAUAACAUUAAUCAAUCAACGAGCAGUUGGCGAAGAUUUGCAUGUAAAUGAUUUGCAUACAACUCAUCCAAAGAUAAAUAGCAAAAAGCCAACUGUUCCAUUGUCACGAUCAAAUGAUAGUACUGACAACCAUAAGCAAUCAACAGAAAAAUCAAAUGGAACAAAAUCGCAUCCAAUAACCAAUGGAGCAUCCAAUAGCCAAACGCCAGAUUCAAACCCAUUUGAAGAGGAGGAAUGGGAUGAGGAAGAAGGAAUUGGUCCCGAUGGUGCGCUUGUGGACAACGGUGAGCCCGGUGUACCUGUAAAAGCACUUUAUGAUUAUGAGGGUGCCGAAGCUGAUGAACUCAGUUUUAAACAAGGUGAGUUGUUUGAAAAAUUAGAAGAUGAAGAUGAACAAGGCUGGUGCAAGGGACGUAAAGAUGGUCGAGUUGGAUUAUAUCCAGCUAAUUAUGUAGAAUCAGUAUCAUAAAUACAUUGAUUAGUUUAAAAUAUAAAAUAGUAUGUAUAAUAUAUUUAAAGAAGAAACAAUAAUGACGUAUAUCGACUAUGUACUGUCUGUUCCUCUGCCAAAAAAAGAUGUUGUGAUCCAAUUAAUAUUUUUGGAGUAUUGGUUGUUUUAUUUAAAUUGUUUGUUAAUUUAUAUUUAUUUAUUGAAAAAAUAAAGCUUAUUGUUAUAUUGAGGGAACAAUUGGUAAAUAGAAAGAUAUUUUUUUUCUUAAUACUCCAUUAAUUUUAUUGAUAAAUAAUUUAC